AUGCUCAGUCAAGCCCGCGUCUACCCCGACGCCGCCCUUCUCCUCCAUCACCGCCUAAAGCAUCCAUAUGGGAGUCUAGAGCCCCAGUCACAGGAAACGACAAUCGCAAAGGCGCAAUCUAUUCUCCAUCAGCUCGCCGCCUGUUUCGCGGCCACAGGACGAUACCCCUUUAUGACUUUCUUCCCAUUCCUCAUGUCAGCGCUAGAAUUAGAUGGUCUUCAUGCACAGGAUAGAUGCGAUGUCCUUGCAGCUAUUGAUACCAGAUGGCACCCCAUUUAUUCUGCGUUCCUGGUGAGCCUCAGGAAGAUCAUCGUCCAUGUUUGGGCGCCGACUCAGCCCAUGGAAACGAGACAUAAGCCUCGUGCCAGACAAAACCGAGUCACGGAGCAGAGUCUGGUUAGACAGCCCUCCGCAAUCUUCACAGAUACCCGUUUCGAAUCUGCAGAGGAGAAAUCCGCAUGGGAAUACUACGUAAGGAUGGUCUCAUCAAACGUGCCAGCCCAAGACGGCCCAGAGAAUCCCUACCGCCAACUCUCAAUCCCAGCACUCUCAUCACCAAUCCUCCUCGACACAAUCGUCUGCAUAUCCACCGAGCACAUGCUCAACUUCGGUCUCGCAAGCGUCGACCUCGCAGCCAAGCGCCAGCAACGAAUGCUCCGAACUCUAGGCCAAAAGCUCCUCAGCAUCGACAGCCCAACAAACCGCGCCACGGUAGUCAUCGAGAAACCCGAACGCGAAGCACUAAUGAUCGCAGUCGUCUUGCAAGGUAUCGUAGUCGCUCAAUCCGCCGACGGAAUCCUGGAACCACACGUCAAAUGUGCAUCCUGGCUCAUGCAAUCCCUCGGCUACUUCGAGACCAUCCCACCGAAUCCAAUCGCGCGCAUGGCCGUGCAACGAUACGGGAUGGUUGAUGUCAUGCUCGCCAUCUCGCGACAGCGAAGACCCUACGCACCCCAGCAUUUCAUCCUAAGCCAACCGGACGCGCGUGUCUGGGAUGAGACCGAGCCUUCAUUUCACAAAAUGACAGGCUGUCCGCAGCCCCUGAUGUGUUUCCUCGUCCGCAUUGCACAUCUGGCAUGUGACGUGAAGGAGAGCAGGGAAAGUGUGCUCGGUGAGGCUUUCAGACUCGAUACCGAGCUGAGAGCUUGGGGAUCCCAAGUGUUUUUACUGGACUGCGCAUCUUUUAUUGGCGCGACGGGUGUUUCUGGACCAGACGUGCUCACCACGCGUGCAGUUUUUGGUGCAUGUGUGUUUUCGAUUGAUGGAUCAUUUGGCGACGGGGUGUGGGCCGGAUUCGUCGCUGCCGCAGCCUUUUUAUCUUGCGGCGAGGGAGGCGGUGUCGCCGGAAGAUCGGGCUUGGGUCCGACAGAAACAUGCGUCUAUGACGGCGUUCUAUCGGGAGCAGCAGCGGAACGCGGCUAUGGAGCUGAUUGA